UAUAUGUGAAAAAUAUCCACUCACACAAAACAAAAUUCAUACAAACAUUUCCGCUCUCUAAAGUCUUUACCGAAACCCACCAAAUCUUUUCCCUCAUAUUCAUCAUUUUCAAAUCUAGAAGAUUAUGGGCCAGAGUCUAUUAGAAGCCUUGAACGUGCAAGUGGAGGGCUCUGGCAAGAAAAUCCUUGUCCUAGCUCAUGGCUUCGGCACGGAUCAGUCCGCAUGGAAGCACAUUCUACCAUUUUUCUUGCGUGAUUAUCGGGUUGUCCUCUAUGACCUUGUGUGUGCGGGCAGUGUUAACCCUGAUAGCUUCAAUUUUCGUCGUUACACCACUCUCGAUGCCUAUGUUGAUGACCUUCUGCAUAUCCUCGAUGCUCUUGGUGUCGAGCGCUGUGCUUAUGUUGGUCACUCUGUCUCUGCCAUGAUCGGAAUUUUGGCCUCUAUUCGGCGACCAGAGCUCUUCACCAAACUCAUCCUCAUAGGUGCUUCUCCGAGAUUCUUGAAUGAUAGAGACUACCAUGGUGGCAUCGAAGAAGGAGAAAUUGAGAGUGUGUUCUCGGCGAUGGAGGCAAAUUAUGACGCAUGGGUAAAUGGGUUCGCUCCGCUAGCGGUGGGAGCCGACGUGCCGGCGGCAGUGAGGGAAUUUAGUCGGACGUUAUUUAACAUGAGGCCAGACAUAACACUUUAUGUAUCAAGAGUUGUUUUUAAUAGUGAUUUAAGGGGUGUAUUAGGCCUAGUCAAGGUGCCAUGUUCCAUAAUUCAAACAGCUAGGGAUGUGUCGGUGCCUAUGUCAGUUGCGACUUAUCUGAAGAACCACCUCGGAGGGCGGAGCACGGUGCAUAUUUUGGAUGUUGAGGGCCAUUUGCCCCACCUUAGUGCCCCUAAUUUAUUGGCGGAAGAGAUCCGGCUAGCUUUAUCCAGGUGAAGAAGUGUGUCUAUAUCAUGUGUUUGAGACGAGAAAUGGCCCAGUACGUGUGGUACUGCUAAAGUUAUGUGGGUCAAUCAGAACCGUUGAAACACAUGGGAAUAAGAUAGGGCAGAUGUUGACACGUUGCCAAUAAAUUGUGGACGAGAGUCUAAUGCGAUUAUUAGGUAUCUCUUUUAGAAGAGGAUAAGAAUUUGCCUGACUUUUUCCCAUUUUCGUUUGGUUUUGUUUCGUUUGUCAAAUCUCUUUUGCUUUUACUCUUUUUGGAUUUCUCUUUGUUUUCUUCUAAGCAUGUAAUAUCUUAUGUGCUUUAUAAAAGAAUGGAAAUGGUGCCCCU